UUGCUGUUCGGAGAUCCGAGCCUCGAUUCUCUAGUCUAGAAGCCCGAAUCCCGGUGCUUUUAGCAGAUUGAACGACUACAGAAGCACAGCUUCAAAUGGAAAACUAUAGGACUUAACAGUAGCCACAUGCUUUUUUAAAUGAGCGUCAUUCUUGGUCUGCGCCUUGUUUUUAUUUUGUGAUUUUAUAAUUUAUUGUUAUGCAAGGAUUUAACACACCAAAAAGAUGAAUGGAGGCUACGUUUGUGGCUGGAGAAGUCUACGAUCAGCUAAAUGCAAUACGUAGAAAAACAGAGAAGGAUUAUUGUAUAUGGAUUGCAUUUGAAUAUCCUGGUCUACCCGCUGGAUUUCGGAUUAUUCAACAUUCACCAGGAUGGAAGGGCGGGAUUUCGCUGCGCCCGCACACCUCCUAUCUGAGCGGGGCGCGUUGGUACACCGAGCCGCCUCUCGGAUCGCCUCCUCCGGUCACAGCUCUGUACAGCAUGCCGGCCAUUUCCCACCAGGAAAAUAUUACCCUUCCCACAUCCCGAUGACUCCCCAUUCAGGCAGUGGACUGAUGGGGAACUCAUCUGCCUCCUUCAUGGGGACAUUCCUGGCCGGCAGUCUGGGCUCCCCCCCCUCCCACCCCUCCCACCCCUCCCGACCCCCCUCCUCCCCGUCCUCCCCCUCCUUCCGUGGCGGACCGCACUCCAGCGCCUCUCAGAUCUGGUUCCCCCACUCCCACGAAGCAGCCCCAGGGUAUCCUCGAUUCUCAGGGAGUCUGGCCCACACUUUCCUUCCCAUGAGUCACUUGGAUCACCAUGCCAACAGCGGAGUCCUCUAUGGGCAGCACCGUUUCUAUGACACCCAAAAAGAGAACUUCUAUCUCCGAAGCCUUCCUUCUCAGCCACCUCUCAUCUCUGCCAAUCACAGCCUCCCACCCAUCUCCAGGGCUGGGCCGGGACACCCCCAGGGGUCCUGUAGUAGGGACAGGGACCCUGGGGGGGGUGCCAGCCUACAUAAGGGUCUGAAGGAGGGGGCGGUGGAGAGGGGAGGGGUGCCUAGCUCCAAGGACAAGGAAAGACCCAGCAGCAAACAGGAGGCCAAGGAGAGGCAGCACCACAACCUCCACCCGGCGCAGCCCACACACCACCACCACCCCCACCAGCAGCACCCCCAGUACCCCCAGCACCCAGUCCCCCUGGAUGAGGUCAACAGUCAGGCUCUGGAGAGGCACAAAGCUGCCCUGGCCAUGGAGUACAAGGAGCACCCCCAGCCCAUGGGCAAGCCCCUCAGCGCCUGCCUGCUCAACGGCAAGAUGCAGAACGGAGACCCAGGACCCGGGGCCAAGGCCCCCAUGUCCAUCUGCGGGGGAGAGGGGCCGGGCCGGGGGGCGAUGGGGGGAGGAGGCAGCCAGGUGAGACACAUGGGAGCGGGCGGGCCGGGCCGCUGCACCAAGGAGGGCGUCAUCGGCGAGAUGAGGAUCAGCGAGCAGCCUUCCGACUGCCAGGAGAGGGGCCAGACGCUCCACCACUCGCUCUCCUACUCCGUGGCCCCGCCCCUCCACAUGGGCUCCGGCGCCGGGGCGGCCCACUCGCACCCUCACCCCCACCCCCACCCUCACGCCCACCCCCACCCGGGGGGCUUCCACUGCCUGCAGCUCCACCCCAGCCACCCGCACCACCCCCACCACUCCCAUCACGCACACCACCACCCAGACUUUUUUUGCCCGCCUCCGCCUGGGCCUCUGACCAACCCCCCCCCACACGAGAGAGUGGCGGCCAGUGGGGGGCGGGACCCCAAGGUGACGGGCCCUACGUUUGUACCGUCUGUAGGGCACUUAGGGGACAAAUCUGGGGGGUCCUUCCAGCUGGGCAACCCCGACUGUCAGAGGGUGGGGGUUGGAGGUGGGGGUGGAAGUGCCAAGGAUAAGGCAAUGGAAAAGAGUGGUGGUCACCCCGGUAACUGGCAUAGAAAGCAACAACAACAGCAGCAGCAGCAACCGCAACCACAGCCCCAGCAACAGCAGAACCCAUACAGAAAGGCAGAGAAGGCCCCAGACUGGAUGCAGGCUCACCAUCACCACCUCCAGCAGCCCCAGCCUCAACCCCAGCCCCAGCCUCACCCCCAGCAGCACCAGGUGGUCCGCUCCCGCAGUGCCGAGUGUGUCAACAGCGGUGUGGACUCGGAGGUGUUCCGGCCUUCUCUGCCACAGGGGGCCAAGGCCGGCCACUCCGUCCCCCACUCAGUCAACACCUCCCCCUACAGAGACUGCUCCCACCCGGGCCUCCCGCCAAACUCCUCCCCUCUGGGGGCGAACAGCAUGGCCCAGCACGGCGGGGGUCCCGCCCCCGGGCCCGGGCCUGGGUCUGGCCCGGGGUCUGGGCCCGGGGGGAGCUGCUCCUUACAGAGAGACGGUCAGAAGGUGGCCAGGAUCCGGCAUCAGCAGCACGGCCGGCCCGGCCUGGACGCCGCCCCCCCGGCCGAGCUGAACCAGGGCCCCAGCAGCCAGGACCUGAAGAGGAAGCUGGACAUGUCUCCCUACGGCUACAGCAACGGCGGCCACCACGCCCAGCAGCCCCCGGUGCCCCCCUGGGCCAUGAGGCCCCCCCACCACGUCCAUUCGGUGGAGGAGCAGCGGAAGGCCUACAUGGAGUCCCUGGGCGGAGGGGGGGGCGGGGGCGGAGGGGGAGGGAGCAGCAGGCAGCACCCGCAGCAGCAGCCUAGCAUGGGCCUCCCCCCUCCCCAGCCCGCGCCUCCUCCCCCGCCCCGCCAGGAGCCCCAGGGCCCCCCCCAGGGCGAGAGCAGCGCCAUGAAGAGCCUGCUCAAGUACAGCAGCCAGCAGCAGCCCCUGCUGCUCUCCCAGAAGAGCCCGUUCGGGGGCCUGGGCAGCCUCAAGUCGGGCCUGGCGGGGGGCAGCUGUGCCCUGCAGGGCUCCAAACAGGCCCUGCCCACCAGGAAGGCUCAGGGGAACGACGGCGAGCGCUCGGACUGCGGAGGGAGGGGCCGGGAGAUGGGCGAGGCGGGCCACGGCGAGGGCGAGGUGCGACAGCCGCCGGUGGGCAUCGCGGUCGCCGUGGCCAGGCAGAGGGAGCCACCCUGUCGCCCGGCCGACGGCCACCCCAGCAGCAGGCAAGGGAGGGUGCACCCCUCCAUGAAAGGACCACCCCGCUCCAUGUACCCUUCGGACCCCGCCGGAGAGGAGGAGAGGAAGAGGAUGAGUGGAGAACAGAUGGGCCUCACCUGUCUGGAUAGAGAUAGAGAAGCAUACAUCCGGGAUAACAAGGACAGAGUGGAAUUCGCCAGGAUCCAUCCCUCCAACAGUUGUCACGGUGAGCUCACCUCUCACCUCAUGGUGCCGGGCGGGACCUCCCUUCAGUCUGGCCAAUUAGGAGACGCCGCCGCUGCACAUGCCCAUUCCACUCAUCACCAUUGGAUGCCCAGGACUGGAAGCCCCUCCCUCUGGAUGACUGGGCAUUCUUAUGGAAUUGGACACUCAGCUCUGCACCAGAAUCUCCCUCCUGGCUUCUCAGCUGCCAUGCCAGGCCCUCUGCAGCCUGUCCUGCCCCUGCCCCAGGACCCCUCCGCCCAGCUGGUAGUGCUGCCCACGGAGCCAGCUGCCCACCCUGCCAGCCAUCACCUGGAUGUGAUGGAGCAGCCAGGGCUGUGGCCCCCUGUGUACGGAGCCCGAGGGCCCCCCUCCCACAUGCAGCAUCCUGCUGUGUACUCCCGCUCCCCGUUUCUACGGCAACAGGAGCUCUACGCUCUCCAGCAGCACCAGCAUCAGCAGCUCCAGCACCAACAUCAGCACCAGGCCCAGCACCAGGUCCACCAGGCCCACCAGGCCCAGCACCAGGUCCACCAGGCCCAGCCCCAGCCCCAGGCCCAGCAUAGGACUGCACACACCAUGGAGCUCCAGCACAGAGCCUUGCACAACCAGAUGCAGAAGAGACCAGAGGAGCCCUCCGCGGAGUUGGAGGAGUUGCUUUCAGAGCCUCGGGCCUCCAAACCUGCCAAGCCCUACUCCUACAACCCCCCCACCAGGAACUCCUCCCCCCCGGGGGCCUGCGCCGCCCACCUGUCCCCCUGCUGCCAGUCCCCGUCCCUGCGGCCGCACCCCAAGAGCACCCCCUCCACGCCCUGUCCCGCCCCCAGCCCCGCCGCCGCAGCCCCGCGCUCCCCCGCCAUCAGCCCCGCCCCCCCUCAGUUGCCCAAGGCCGCCGAAUCCCAAGACAAGAGAGGGGAGGGCCAGCCCCGGCAGGACUACCCACGAUCCCUUGAGCCGGACCUGCCACCUGGAUACACCUACCCCGCCAUCACCAUGGGUUACAGGAACGGCCCCUCCUCCCAGGACGUACGAUUGGCCGAGCCGGCUGACCUGGAGGCGGUACAAGCAGAGCCUUCGGAGCAUGCUCCCCAGUCCCUCUCCAACCUGGGGGAGGGGCUAGAGUGCCAAGCCGUCGUUAGGCCACUCCCAGAAUCCCAACAGGAAGUCGAGGAGGAAGAGGCGUUAGCGGAAGCCGGGAUCGAGCAGAGGGAAGAGGUGAAAGAGGGUGUGACGGCAGGUGGCUGUGCGCCUCCGGAGCAGGGGCCCGAGCAGGCUCCAGGGGAAGAGGAGGAGGUGCUGGUGUGUCCUCCCGCGGAGAGCCCGGUCUGUGAGACAGCCGCGUGCCCCCUCCCCCUGCCUGUGGAGCAGCCCGACCUGACCAGACCUGACCCUGUCAUAACCCUGGAGGAGGAGGAGGAGGAGGAGGAGGAGGAGGAGAAAGAACAGGACGAGCAGGUGGAGAAGGGUCUAGAAAAGGAGGGCCUGGAGGCCAAGGGGACAUCCAACCAUGAGCUAGACCAGGGAACUGUCAUCGACCUGGACCCAGACCCCCAGCCUGAAGACGCUCCCGAGGAUGCAGAGGGGGAGCAGGAGGAGACCCCUGACAGCCAAUCAGCGGAGCCCGUGUGCCUUUCUCUCUCCCCCUCCCCCGUGCCCUCCCCGCGCCCGGACCAAGGCCUGGUCGCAGCCCCCCACAAGCCCCCUGUUCACUGCUACUGGAGCCUGGAGCUGCUGAUCGCUGCCGCCUUCUGUACGGACGUGCCUCCCUUUCCCAUGCUGCCCUGCAGCGCCCGGCCGGCCUGCGGGAGCCGGUCCCAGGCCGCCCCCCACCACGGCAUGGAGCUGCUGAGCGAGCUGGCCGACCUGGAGCUGCAGCAGCGCCGACGCGCCACCGGGGGCAGCCAGGGGGAGGAGCUGUUGACCUUCGACCUGCAGAGUCUGGCUACCCUGGCCGCGGCCCGCGCCCUGGAGCUGAGCUCCCAGGAGGGCGCCGAUGCUGGCGCCGGGCGCAGCGGCCCCGCCCGCCGAACCCUCAACCUGCGCAGGAAAUGCAGCUGGACCCCACGCAACGAGCCGGCGUGCCCGGCGAAGGGUGGCAUGGAGACAAUGGACGGGCCAGAGCUGGCCAUGCGGGUGAAGCUGGCGGAGAUCCAGCGGCGCUACAAGGAGAAACAGAGGGAGCUGGCCAAGCUACAGCGGAAGCAUGACCACCAGAAAGAGGAAACCCCCCGCAGCCCAGCACGCCGAGGACCCGGGCGACCCAGGAAACGUAAAUCCACCCCUGCCACCGGCCCCGUUUCCUCUUCAGACAGCCAAAGGAAAGUCAAGUCUAUAGGGGCGGGGCUUGCUCUGUCGCCGGAGGACCUGGAAGGGGGCGGGGACACCCAGAGGAGGAAGAAGAAGCUGUCCAAUCGGGGCUUCGAGGGCCUCGGAGCAGCACAGAUCAAAGGACAGAGCUGCAGAAAGAGUAGUCUUCACGGCGUCCUCGGCUCGAAGCUGGCCAAUGACAUGUCCCAGCUCAAGCAGAAGGGGAAGAGGACUCUGACGGGGCCAGGGCCCCGGGAGAAGGAGGCCUCCCCGCCCCGCUCCGCCCCCAAGCAUGGCCACAGGCAGGGCGUCCCCAAGGUGGAGUGCAGGCGAGAGUCUGGAGGUCAGAGUGACACAGCAGCUAGUGCAGACAGCGGUGGGGCCCAGGACGGCUGGACGGGAUCCAUGCUGAUGAUGCGGCGAGGGCGGAGGAAGGGCUCCGGGCCUCUGGCUCAGGGAUCCGCCAGGCUGACGCAACCCCGGGCCAGGGUCCUCCGAGGCAGACGGCAGGAGGUGACGGAGGAGGGCGAGACGAGCCCCGCCGAGAGCGAUUCAUCUGAUCAGGACGAGGAGGAUGAGGAAGGCAGUUAUGACAGUGAUGAAGGACAAGACAUCAAAGUCCAACCCCCUAGAGACGUGUCAUCAAGCCUGACUCUGACUGGUCCGUCUCCCUCCUCUGUCGUGAAGCUGGAAGCCAAUCAGAAAGCCAGGAACAAGAAGGAGAGGCAGGAGCUGUACGGGUCCCAUAGUCUGUCUGGAGCCGAGGGGGAUGUGAAGGUGAGGAAGAAGGCCCCCUGUAGGCUCAGCACGGGUACUGCAGCCAAGAAGCCCUCCGAGGACCAGGAGGGGGUGAAGAGAGGCCGCGGACCCCGGCUCCAGGAGCCCCGCUGGGGGAGUCUGGGCACCAGAGGCAGCCUCUACCGCAGGGGCAUGGGCCUAGCCACCUUCCCCUCCACCAGCGAGCGGCUGAAGAGGGCCACUCGCAAGAGCACCAUGCUAAGGGGCCCCAUCAACAAGAGGAGAAGUUGCUGGUCCAGUGGAGGCGGAGCCGGGGGCGGGGUCCAGUCCCCACACAGUCAGGAAACUGACCUCCGGGGUAGGAGGAGCCGCAACAAAGAGGUAACCAAUCACCGUCUCUCAACCCGUCCCCAGACUACUCCCCCUUUACUCAUGCAGAUCCAUCAGAAUUUGUUUUCCACGUUCUCCCUCUGCUUCCUCUCCGUCGCUCCCGCGUUUCCCAACCCUCCUGCCUGUUGUGCAGUGAUCCUGGCAGCUGGGCCGAGUUGUGUUUUGGAUUUGCGUCCGGAGUCGGAGGCCUUGCUGACCGAAGGGACCAGGGUGUGUGCCUACUGGAGCGAGCGUUCCCGCUGCCUCUACCCAGGCAACGUGCGCCGGAGCGGGCCGGCCGAGGACGGCAAGCAGGGGGGUGUCAUGGUGGAGUUUGACGACGGCGACAGGGGGAGGAUUGUCCUGUCCAACAUCCGGCUCCUCCCCCCAGGCUACCAGAUCCAGUGUGCUGAGCCGUCCCCUGCCCUGGUCUCCAGCGCCCAGGCAGCCAGGAGAGGCUCCGGUCUGGAACAGGCCCCCCUCAGAGAGAAACACCCAGACAGACAGUACAGCUUCGACUCCAACAAGACCCAGGAUGAGAGAAGAAGACCGGGGAGGCCCAAGGGUUCGGGCAAGAAGAAGCAGACUGACAACAACAGCAAGAGCCCCGCCCCCCAGCUCAGCUGGCCCGCGGUGGCCAUGCCCAAAAAGAGGGUCUCCGACAACCUGUUCCAGUUCAACGGGAGCCCCAGGAAGACCCAGAGAGGCCGGGAGGCCCACCUGUUCCCCCAGCCCCCGGCCCAGCAGGCCCAGCCCCAGGCCCCGACCUCCGCCCCGGCCAAGGGCCUGUUCAGCAGCAGCUCCUUCGAGGUGGACUCCUUCAGCAGCAUCGCUAACGGCUACUCCACCUUCGGCAGCACCCAGCCCUCCGGCCUGGCCCUGGGCUCCCGGGGAACCUCCUACGGCCAGAGGCGCAGGCAGGAGGAGAUGGCGAUGCCCCGCAGCAGGAAGACGGGCCAGGAGUUCCUGGUCAAGCUGGAUCACGAGGGAGUGACCUCCCCGAAGACCAAGAGCAGCAAGGCGCUGCUUUUGCUGGGCGGAUCGGGGUUCGGCUCGAAAGGCGUCUGCGGUGGGGGUCUGCCCCGGCCGGAGGCCUACUCCCACCCUGUCCUGCUGGUGAAGGACAACAGGAAGGAGGGCGCGUCCAGGGCGGAUCUCCUCCUGAAGGGGGCCCCUCCCCAGAAGAAGCCCUCCGCCUCCUUGGCUCUGGGCGAGUUUGGAGAGCUGGGCCUCAGCUGCCACCGAGACUGCCACAGCUCCUACUCGGACCUAGACGACGAAGAGGAGGAGGAGGAGGAAGAGGAGAGGAGGAGGUCGGCGCUGGCCGCGGCCUCCGGGGGCCUGAGGACGGCCGGCCGCUUCCUCUCCCGCCUCUCGGUCUCCUCCUCCUCGUCCGGCUCCUCCAGCUCCUCCUCCUCGGGCUCGCUGUCCAGCUCCAGCCUCUGCUCCUCGGACAACGACUCGUCCUACAGCUCGGAGGACGAGGAGGGCUCCACCCUGCUGCUGCAGGGCUGCCUGACCUCUCACCGCUCCCUGCUGCAGCCCCCGGAGCCCCCCUCCCCCAACCCCACCUCUCCCUCCGGGGCCCGCCACCACGCCUUCGUGGCCAAGGCCGUGGCCGGCGCCAAGGGAGGCGGGCCUGCGGACCACUGCCUCAAGCCUCUGAAGAGGAAGGAGUGCAGCGGCUCCUCCUCCAAACCCUCCAGGGAGCUGGUGAAGAGGCAGAGGCUGCUGUCGGAGGACGGCCCUGGUCCCAGGCCCAAGAUGGCGUCCUUCCUGGCGGGGAGGCAGCUGUGGAGGUGGUCAGGAAAUCCUACCCAGAGGCGGGGUCUGAAGGGCAAGGCCAGGAAGCUGUUCUACAAGGCCAUUGUGCGGGGCCGGGACACGGUGAGGGUGGGCGAUUGCGCCGUCUUCCUGUCAGCCGGGCGCCCCCACCUGCCCUACGUCGGCCGCAUCGAGAGCUUCUGGGAGUCCUGGACCUCCAGCAUGGUGGUCAAGGUGAAGUGGUUCUACCACCCCGAGGAGACCAAACUGGGCAAGAGGCACCGCGAUGGCAAGCAUGCGCUGUACCAGUCGUGCCAUGAGGAUGAGAACGACGUCCAGACAAUCUCCCAUAAGUGCCAGGUGGUGAGCCUUGAGGAGUAUGAGCGCGUGGCCCGCGGCCAGAGGCCCGGUGGCCCCCCCCAGGACCUUUACUACCUGGCUGGGACCUACGACCCCACCAGCGGACAGCUGCUCACUGCCGAGGGCCUGUCCAUCCUCUGCUGAGCAUACUACUGAGGGGAAGCCUUCUACGGGACCACCGUGGAGGGGUGACAGGUGACUGUGGCAUUGCCUGAAGGACCCCUGGCCAUGACUCAGUCCGAAGGGGUUUGUCAGACCCAGACCUGAGCAGGGCUGUCCCUGGCCUCACACUGGGGCUCCUCGCAACCCUUAACCUGGGUGUGGGUCGGUGGGGGGGAGGGAGUGGGGUUCACAGCCAUGAACCCCACCUCUGCUCCACUUGAGACAAAUGAUCUGGGGCCGCCUGCGUAGAAAAAGGUCAACGACAUCAGACUUCAUUUCCAUUGGUCCAGCUUCUCUCCACAGUGUCAUACGUUGGAUUGUCAAAGGUUUGCAGCACACUCCCUAACCCCCAUAGCAUGUCACCCAAGGAGAGCUGGGAGAGGGUUUGGAUUGGAUUACUUCAAGGUUCCCGUAAGGCCUGUGGGUUGUUCCAGACCAAGCCUGCCAUGGUGGUUGCUGAGUGAGUGACCGUGAGGUAGGGGAUUCCUCCCCAGACCUCAUCAUGAUUCCAGGGAUGUUUGAACAUAUGUAUAAAAUGUGCAUAAAGGUGAUGUAUGUAAAUUUUUUGCAUUUUUCCAAAUCAAGCCAUACACUUCAGUACCUCUUGCCUGUCUUAAUGGUUCAGGUGUAUAUUGUACAGGUCAAUUAUCAGUUUUAUUGUUGUAUUGUCUAUAUGUAUAUAAAAGCUAUUUUAUAUAGAAGUAUAUUGUAUAUAUGAAAGGUAUCUUUCCAUGUUUUUCGAUUGAUUUAUUUUUCUAUGAGUGUUGAAUACGUUGUCGUUAUUGUUGUUUUCCUUUGGGAAGAUGAGCUGAAGAUGUAUGCGUUGCGUUGCACUGCACAUGCCCUGCUGAGACAGACAGGAGGACAGUCAGACAGACAGAGCACAGAGGUGAAGAGGAAACAGACAGGAGAAGACUCUUUCUCAGAGAAAGGGGUUACCCUGUAAAAAAAAAAAAAACAUAGGUCAAGUGGCUAAUAUUUUGUUAAUUGUCCUGUCAAGUUGAGCAUCGGUUUUACGACACCUUUAUUAAUGUAUUUUUGAGUUGUUCAUCGCUACAUAGCAGAUCCAACUGGAUUGCAAUCACAGGUUACAAAAUAAUUCAUAUUUAACAAGUUGGAAAUUCAUUCUAACACUAUUUUGUUUGCGUGGUGAGUGAGUGUUCUGGCAUCCUUAUAGUUACGCCAUGACACGGCUUAAUCUCACCAGGUAUCUGUUCUAAACAAGUCUGGGUCUGCAAAGGAGCGUGGGUCGAUGAACUUUACUUAAGUGCAUAGUCGACAAAAACGAAUAGACCUGUAGAAAACCAAAGUGUGUAUAAGAUCUUUAUCUCUUUUUAUUUAAAAUAUGUCAAGCACCUGUGUAAUAAUCGAAUCUGAGAGAUCACUCGGAACUCAGUAAUCAAACUGUUGCUCAUUCCUACUUUAUAUUCAUUUUUGGCUUUGCAUUGUGACAAUGGUUUCUUGCACAUGUAUCUGCAGCUUUGUAAAGUGCUAAUGACGGGCGAACCACCUAGUCAGUCCUGUCCUACCACUGUAUCAACAACGUGAGAGUUUUGGCAGUUCGGUAGAGAGGAGACAUUUUGUGUUUUAGCUCUGCUCUACAGUAGCUGUGGUGGACAAUCAGAAUCAUGAAGCAAUGGACAGGCUGGUUUAUUAGGCUCACUCAAUCAAAAAUGUUUUAUUUUUGUGCCAAACGCAUCUUGUUUGUCUUUGUCUUCAUUAUUUGAUAUGCAAUCCUGACUGUAUUCCAUGUUCGCAAAGUUUUUAUUUGCUCAUCACAUUUAUUUUUAUUUUAUUUAUUGUCAAUUUUGCUGUUUGCUCGACAUGCCAAGAGCGCUUUAUUAGAAUGUGAUUUUAUUUUUCAUGGUGUGACGUCUGAUUUGAACUUCUUAAUAAAUGUUGGCCGUGUAGAGGCCUCUUAGUGAAGAAAAUAAAGCAACACUGGAUCCUCAUGUCCAAAACUA